CUCUCAUACUUUGUUACGAUCCUUUUAGUUGUCCAUAGUGAACUCCAAUGAACCUGGGGUAAUUAUGUUCAAGACGGAUGUGUUGAAGUGUCGAGUCGCUCUCAACCCAAAGAACUACCAGACGCUGCAGCUCAAGGUCACUCCAGAAAACACUGGUCCUUGGUCCCAGGAAGAACUUCAGGUGCUGGAGAAAUUCUUUGAGACAAGGGUCGCUGGACCUCCCUUUAAAUACAACACUCUGAAUGCCUUCACGAAGCUGCUGGGGGCACCUACCAACAUUCUUAGGGACUGUGUGCGAAUUAUGAAGCUCGAACUGUUCCCUGACCAGGCUGCUCAGCUGAAGUGGAACGUUCAGUUCUGUCUCACCAUCCCUCCAAGUGCUCCUCCUAUUGCUCCACCUGGAACCAUUGCUGUGGUGCUUAAAUCAAAGAUGCUGUUCUUUUUGCAGCUGACCCAGCGUAUACCAGUUCCACAGGAGCCAGUGAGCAUCAUUGUUCCCAUUGUGUAUGACAUGGCCACAGGCCUCACUCAGCAGGCUGACAUCCCUCGACAGCACAAUUCCUCUGGAGCUGCGGCACUCAUGGUCUCCAGCAUCCUCAAGAGAUUCAAUGAGCUGCACCCAACAAGACAGGGUGAGUGUACAAUAUUUGCUUCUGUUCACGAGCUUAUGGCAAACCUCAAUUUGAUGUCUGGUACCCGCCAGUAGUUAAAACAGCCGUCAAACCUGCAAUGAAGCUGUUGUCCGUCCGGUGGCGAAGCUCAGAAGUUAAGGGGCAGCAGCAGCUGUCUGAAGACAUCAAAACCUCAGCAUGUGUCCUUUCUGCUCCUGUCGCUGAACUAUUGACCUGAUUUAUUUUGGUGUUCUAAAAGGGAGUGAACAGAAAACAGUCAUGGAACGCUCAUUCAUUACUUGUGACACAAGCUAAGAAACAGGAUUCGCCUUUAAGGUGGAUCAAGCACGAGGGUUUUUUGAUGCAAAGAGAUUAAAAUAUUGUAUUUUCAUCUUGGUGCACUUGUAAACAAGAUUAUCUAUUGAAUUUAUUGUUGUUUACGAAAAUAUGUACAUUAUUGUAUAUUUAAGCUUUGAAGAAUCCAAUGAGUUACAUUUUUUCUGCAACCCUGUCUCGCUUUUCUACACCACACUGGUAUUACAGUAGUAUCAGUAGCUUUACUCCUCGAUACACUAUUUAAAUAUAUUCAUCUUUUCCAAGACCUGGAUUUUUAUUUCAGACUGUAUACUUUGGAUACUGUAAAACUGUGAUGAACUUUAUACAUCAAUUCUAUUUUAUAAGGAUGGAUUUUGAGUAUUGAUCGAGUUAAUUGAGGAAUCAUGUCUGAUUUUUGUAUUUAAUAAUAAACCAAGCCCACAGGUG